CCGUUCGGCCCCACCACGCCACGCUACUGCAGAUUCAGUCGGCCCACAUUUCAGGCCUGGCCUUUCCGCGAUACAGGCGCUGUGCUGGAAGCGGACCGACCUCUUUACUUCUGGCAAGUCGCGCAUGGUGGACACACGAAUCCAUUCGGUGAAGCACACUUUCCAGGCUUCUCUCUGAUCGCCCCCUGGUUGGUCGGUUUAUAAACCAACGUGUCGACACAGCUAGAUAGUGCCGCCGUGACAGGUUUGAGUCGAUCGUGCUCUCUCUCUCUCUGUCCGUCUCUCUUCUAGCAGCUCCGGCGAGGAAAAGCUACAAAUUUUUAUUCUAGUGUUGUUGCGCGAGUGAGCGAACGAUCACCAGCAAAAUGGCCACCGGAUUCAAUGAGACCCUACAGUGGACAAUGGGCCUGAUCAACGCGUCAGGCAAGUAUCUGACGGCCGAAACGUUCGGCUUCAAGAUCACCGCCAACGGCGCUAACAUGAAGGUGAAGCAGAUCUGGACGCUGGAGACGAAAUCCGGCGACGACCAGUUCGUGUACCUGCGCAGCCCGCACAAGCGAUACCUGUCCGCCAACGAGAAGGGCGAGGUGUCCGCCUCGUCGGAGGAGAUGAACGAGAACGAGCGCUUCAUCUUCCUGCCCCAGGCGGACGGUCGGUGCGCCCUGAAGAGCCCCCAUGGCUACUAUUUCGGCGGUUCCGGCGACCAGCUGUCCUGCUUCACGAAGACGAUCAGCGAGACGGAACUGUGGACCGUGCACUUGUCGAUGCACCCGCAGAUCAACCUCCGCAACGUGCAGCGCAAGUGCUACGCGCACUUGGUCGGCGACGAGCUGCACGUGGACGAGGAGGUGCCGUGGGGCGCCGACGCCAUGUUGACGCUGGAGUUCGUGCGCGACUCAGGCCGUUAUCGCCUGCUGGCCAGCAACAACAAGUACCUGACCUGUGGUGGGCAGCUGACUGAGGAUGCUAGCAAGCCUGAGACCUGCUUCCAGCUGGAGUUCCAUGGCAGCACGAUUGCAUUCAAGGACUGCAACGGCAAGUACCUGGCUGGCGUGGGCAGCAAGGGAACGCUGCAGUCGCGUCGCGACGUCGUCGACAAGGACGAGCGCUUUGUGCUGGAGGACAGCCACCCGCAGGCCACCAUCAUCGCCGCGAACGGCCGGGCGGCGUCCAUUACGCGCGGCACGGAGGUGGCGGCGUCGAUGAGUGAGGACGAAGUCGGCGACAAGGAGACGUUCCAGUUCGAGAUCAACAAGGAGACGAACAAGUGGUCGGUGCGCGCCAGCUCCAAGAACUACUGGACGGCGGCCGGCGCCACCAUCCAGGCCACGGCGGCACAGCGCGACGACGCCUGCUGGUAUGACGUCAAGUGGGACGGCCAGUACAUCAUGCUCCAGACGUGCAGCGGCAAGUUCGUCACCAUGAAGCCGAACGGCACGCUGGCCACGAACGGCGAGGACGGCGACGACCCCAAGUGCCGCUUCAUCUUCACGCUCAUCAACCGGCCCAUCCUGGUCCUGCGCGGCGAGUACGGCUUCAUCCAGCCAAAGUCGGGCAAGUCGGGCAGGUACGACUGCAACCGCUCCGGCUACGAGGUGCUGAAGAUGUCGGCGACGCGCGGCGUGUACACGCUGGUCGGUGCCAACGGCAAGCCGUGGGGCAUGGACGAGGCGACAAAGUCCUUCAGUGCCGACGGUGACGCCGACUUCAACGUGAGCCUGGAGCUGGUGAGGCACACGCGCAUGCUCAUCAAGUGCCCCAACGGCAGCUACCUCCGCGGCGAGAGCAACGGCCUGCUCGGCGCCACUGGCGCGGGGCUCGACAAGGAGACCCUCUGGGAGUACUAAGCCGUGGCACAACUGGCAGUGGCUGCGUCUGCACGACACGAUCCACGGUCACAAUGCAGCAACUACAACAACCACAACAACAACAACAACACCUCGCCCCAUUGGCAUUGGCACGCUGUCCCACCGUGCUCUGGCUGCCUGGCUGGCUGGCAGCGCUGUGUGAACAUGACAAUUCGUUCCGACUAGAGGUACCCCGCGCUGCGCUGUGCCCCCUGUUCGUAGCUUCUAGGCACCAUCUUCUGCGGUCUAGCAGGCGUGCUUGUGCAUACUAUUCUGUUUUUUUCUUUUCUGCGGGUAGCUUGUAGUUCGAGCUCUGCCUCUGUCUUCGUAGUGGUGUGCCUUUACUUCAUACCAAUCGCAGCUAGAACUCGUUAGGUCUCCGGUUUUCUCUUCGCUAUAUCCCUCUAUUUAGCGCCUUUCCACAGGCCCACAAUGACCUAAAAAAUUCCGCUAGGAUUAAACUUCGCAAUUUAAAUCUAUUUGGUGUGGCCGCUUCCUGGUUGUUUCGUCCUAUUGAUGUUUUCUUUUUGAAAAUGAUCCACUGAGGAAACUCACUAUUAUUAUACUAAGCAGUUUUCGAAGCUA